AUGAACCAGGAUAUCUUCAACCAGCGUAAGACAGAAAUUGAGGAUACAGCUGGUGUUCUCCUCAAGCUUGCUGAAAAGCAUAAUGUUGAGCUUCCAUAUACAUUUACAAUUUACGCUAUCAUUCGUGCAAAGGAGAGUAACUACGGCCUCGAAUGCCAGAAACCAGCUACAAAGUAA